UUGAAACAGCUGGCUUGUACGGGGAACACUAGAAUAAGCAGGAAUCUUAGACAACCUAAUCCAGUUGUUUUAAUUAAAAUCCGCAAAUUCGUUUAAAGAACCAAAUCAGAUAGAGGUCAUGCAUUUACCACGAUUAGAAGAUCUGACAUCUUUCAUGUAUUUCGUCUCAGAUAUAUUAAAGGAGCUGUGAACGGGUCUCUGGUCUGUUCUGAUGGCUCAGUCUCCCUCUGGCCUGGUCAGUCGAAUACAGGGGGGUCUUAGUCUAAUAUAAAUUCUGAACUCUGGCUUUCAAAGAUGACGUAAUCCACUCGAAUGCCUUCGUUUUCGGCAGCAAUGGUGGUGAAUCUCUUCAUUUUCGUCCCGGUGUGUGUUCUACAGCUUGGUGUGUCUGGUGUUGAUCCAGACAUAGUCUUAGUGUCAGCGAUGGAGGGAGAUUCAGUCACUCUACACACUGAUGUUAAAACAAACCAACAAGAAAAGAUUAAAUGGUAUUUUAAAGACACUCGCAUCGCUCAAAUCAGUGAUUAUCUCAGUAAGACCUGUACAGAUGUUGAGUGUAAUGAAGGUACUGAGAGAUUCAGAGACAGACUGAAGCUGGAUCAUCAGACUGGAUCUCUUACCAUCACAAACAUCACAAACACAGACUCUGGACUUUAUAAACUACAGAUCAUCAGCAGCAACAGUAUCACUCAAAAGAUCUUUAGUAUCACUGUCCACGAUGUUCCUGGUGCAGAGCUGAAUAAAAUGCUGGCCAAGUCAGUGAAGGAGGGAGAAUCUGUCACUUUAGAUCCUGCUGUAAUGAAGAACCCCAGUGAUUUGAUGACUUGGUACUUCAAUUACACUUUCAUAGCAAAAAUCAAUGGUGAUCCCAGUAAGAUCUGUAGAGAUGAUCAAUGUGAAGAUGCUGAUGAGAGAUUCAGAGGAAGACUGAAGCUGGAUCCUCAGACUGGAUCUCUGACCAUCACAAACACCAGAACCACAGACUCUGGACUUUAUCAUCUUGAGAUCGUCACCAACAGCAGCAGCAUCCGUCGACGCCACAUUAUCAGCAUCUUCAGUGUUCCCAGCUAUAAUUGUCUUUUGUAUUUAUUUGCUAUAGCGGCAAUAUUUGUUCUGCUAUUUGUUCCAGGAGGCUGCUGUAGAAAACGUACCCAUAAAACAAGCAUCCCGGAUUCCUCAACAAAUGAUCUGGUAUUUUACCCUUUCACAGAGGAAGAGUUUUAUUUUCAGUAUGUGUAAUUAUGUCACAACCAUUUAGCUUUUAAACAGUAUCAUAAACAGAUGAAAGCACUUCAUUGCAUUAUGAAUGGGUUUCCACCCAGUUGCCAGCAAAUGUAAAUGCAACUAAAGCUCCUUUAAACCAAAAAUAUUCCUUUUCAGUCUUGGUUGUAAGAAGGCCAGAUAGGAAUAUCUUGGCAAAAUAUGAUGGCUUUAAAAGGACAUUUAAAAGGGCAUCGCAAUCAUAAAAGAUGAGGUUAAUAUCAAAAUGUAAAACAGUAAAUAUUUUGUUAUUUUCAGCAAUGAGCAACUGUGAUGUUCUAUCAAAUCAUCUACAAUAAAGUCUGAAAUGAUUACA